ACUGCUAUCGUUUCUUUUUUAUUAUUUCUUUCUCGGGCAUCUACCCCCUUUUGCAACUCUAAUUUAUAUUAUCUACCAUGAAAGCUUUAUCAAUUCGUAGUGUCCUUCAAAAAGACAAGAGUUCAAAAAGUCAGAAUGACCGUUCGCCGUCGUCUUCCUUGGCGUCCUCGGUUACAUCGUUAUCAUCCAAUUCCUCUAGUUCUAUCCCAUUGACGCCUACAUCGGAUACCGCCCCUCACCAGAUGACUCGUGGUAUCUUUCGUACUUUGGAAGCCAUUUGGUACUACCACAGUUCCUUGGAUCCUCGUUAUCAUGGCCCUCCUACGUGGCUGAUGUUGGACGACGAGGCGCAACAUACAUUGGAAGCCUCCUUGGGUAAUGUGGCAACCUGUUCGUUUCACUCGAGUAUCCUUGGCUCCUGCAAUCUCUCCUUUGUACCUAUCAAGAAAAAAAAGUAUCGAUUGGGAAAAAAGGACAAAAAUAGCUCAUCCGUCAGCCUUGGUUCGAACCAGCAAAUACAAACAUCGAUGCAGGGACAGACCUUGGAAUUUAACCAACAUAUACGGCGAACGGUGGCACCUGUUUGGUGGUACGAAGAUGAUUUGGCUGAUGGAUCCAAGGGUAUGUGUCGCUUUGACUACAAGAACCAGGUACGACUGGAGGCACUUUCCGACGAUCGUUCCAAACUGGUUUUAACAGACCAUGCCUUCCCUCAACCCUUCACUGUGGUCCUGGAUACCUCUCGUUCUCGGGUGCAACGCGAAGAAUGGCUUGGCUUUAUGUACAUGAACCCUAUGCCGACUGCUCAAACUCCUUUGCAUGGCAUGGCUCAUCUCGCAGAAUCGCAUUCUAUCAAACCGUAUGGUUCGUACCUGGAUAUUGCUCAAGUUUACCAUGAAGAACAAGCCCACGAUGCCACGCUCAUGCGUCGUUGUUCCGUCUAAGUACCCCUUGCUUUUGUUAUCCGUACCAUCUUUACCAUUUAUCCUCUCUUAUUCAUUUUUAUUAUUAUCUCGCAUGUUGCCCAUGUUCUUCCUCAAUGCGGUCUUUUCCAGGAGCACUCAUUAUCUACCAUGAUCCAUCCCAUCCUAUAUUUCGCCCUCCCGUUUCGCCUUUGUGUUCGCUCUUUCGCUUUACCUUUUUCUUCUUUUAUUUCAAUGUAUAUAAAGUAAAUCAUGCAAUUUAAUGUAAAAAUCUUGGGCUUCGAUCCAUGAAUCUUUUCUACAAUUGCCUUUGCCGGAGUUUUCACAGCAUAGGACAU